GACAUGUGUAAUUGAAGAUAAACAAAAAAACGCAAAUUUUAAUGAAACCCAAUAUCAAGUUUGUUUUUUAAUAUUUGUAAACCUUUAAAUACUUGUGAUUGUUAGAUUUCUUGUGCUUACCCGAUUACGGUUACUUUGCAAUGUGCUCAUCUUCGUACUUAUCAAAGUGCAUAAUAUGAUCGACGAUAGAGUGCUUCGCACCAGUGAAAAACUGUUGGAUCAUCACUGCAGCGAAAACACUAGUCAAGACAUAAAUUACAAUAAAAAGAAAGGAAACUAAUCGCGCAGAUAGGUGCGGCGGCGAUGAUAACAACAAAAUAUUUUUUCCUCCUUAUAUUGAUCGCAGCUGGUUUGGUUUUUAUUGUCCUGUUCCACUGGUUUGCAUCAAACUAUAGUACCGAGGAACGAAAGGCUGUCCAUUAUGAGUCAGUCAAUACCGAUAGACUGAUGAUGCAGACUAAUGCUCGUCACUGGCAAACGAUGAGUCAUCGGGAUGAUCCGUCUAUGAAAACGGUUAAUUUCGACGAGCAGUUGGUUAUCAUUUACAAUCGUGUUCCAAAAACUGGCAGUACCAGUUUCGUAAACCUUACGUACGAUCUUUGCCGGAAGAAUGCAUUCCACGUGCUACACAUCAAUAUCACCGCCAAUAUGCAUGUAAUGUCGCUACCGAACCAAAUUCGAUUCGUGCGGAACGUAACGGCUUGGGAAGCAAUGAAACCAGCUUUCUAUCACGGCCAUCUAGCUUAUUUAGAUUUUUCCAAGGUUGGAGUUCCGACAGCAAAGCCGCUGUACAUAAAUCUGGUUCGAAAACCAUUGGAUCGAUUGGUUUCAUAUUACUACUUUCUCCGCUAUGGAGACGACUACCGGCCUCAUCUGGUGCGCCAUCGAGCUGGCGACACCAUGACUUUCGACGAAUGUGUGACCCGACGGAAACCUGAUUGUGACCCGGUCAAUAUGUGGCUCCAAAUACCGUUCUUUUGUGGGCAUGCUGCAGAAUGCUGGAAACCGGGAAGCACUUGGGCCUUAGAAGAAGCCAAGAAAAAUUUAGUUAACGAGUACUUUCUCGUUGGGGUAACUGAAGAAAUGGAUGGGUUUGUGGAACUGCUGGAGCUUGCAUUACCAAGAUUUUUCAGAGGUGCUUCUGAUUAUUUCCUCAAGUCUAACAAGUCGCAUUUGCGCAAAACAAAGUCCAAAGUUGACCCUUUGCCGGAAACUGUCGCCAAUAUACAGCAGUCCAAUAUUUGGCAAAUGGAGAACGAGCUGUACGAGUUUGCACUGGAGCAGUUCCAUUUCGCUCAGCUGAAGUUGCACACGCCAGGCAAGAGCAUUAUGCAAGAUUUCUUCUACGAGAAGAUUAAACCAAAUCAAAACGUCGCUGGAAGAACAUAGUCACCGCUCUUUGGGGGCGUAACAGUGGGUUUCAUGAUUUUCUAAAUCUCAAAAACGGAACAUAAGGAUAUUGAAAUUGAAUGUGGGUUAGUAAGCUAAUACUGUUGAUUAAUUGUAACUAUCUUCAUUAAAAAAUGGGAUGAAAGACGUAUUUGGGUUCAAAAUGAAGCUACCAAAUGAGUGGUUAAAAUGUAUGUGAUUAAUAGUAGAAUGAUUUGAUGUUAGGUUUAGUAAGCAGACAAAAAACAAAUAUCUUUUAGUGUUUUGUGAAAUAGUACCUUCAGUUUACCUCAUAGUAGCCUUUUACGUUCAUUCCACAUCACGUUGACUGGAUGGUUUAUUGAAAAUUGUCCGUUUAUGUGCAGCAGCCAGCACGGUUCUAACUAAGGCUAAUUUGAAUAAAAGACACUUUUUAUGACCGAUAA